ACGUAAGUAGGUCAGAGGAUAUGGAACAGCUCAUGUGUACAAGGAUCGUCUGUUAACGGGAGCUACGGUCGAGAAUUCAUUCACGAAUUACUAAGGUUUUUUCACACUUGAGUGCAGGUGUAAUUUUCGUGGUUAGGUGAUUAAAUGCGUGUAUAAAGGUGAUUACCACAUUCAACAAUGGAGACAUCUGCGGAAGUUUCUGGAAUGUUGUCAGGGGUGAACGUGUACCUACUUUUGGGAACCAUCACUGCGGCAUUCUACUUCACCUACACCAAACUGACGUCACAAGACAACUGGGGGAAAUAUGGCGUCAAGCAGGGCACAAUGGGUUUUGUUAGCUUAAAAGACGGGUUCACGAAACUUCUGGACCAACUCGGCGACACGUUCGGCCUAUGUCGUGGUAAGAUGCUGUUGGUGACACGUGACCUUGGUCUGCUCAGGGAGGUACUGGUCAAGGACUUCAACAACUUCGUGGACAGGGAGAUUGUUUUCAACACUCACUCCAUCAUCGUCAAGGGGCUCUUCUUUCUUCAAGGCCAGGACUGGAAGCGGAUCAGACAGAUUAUGUCCCCUUCAUUUAGCACGGGUAAGCUCAAACACAUGUCCAAGACAAUCGAGGAACGAGCCAUCAAGCUGACCCAGGUGCUAGAAGACUAUGCCAGACAAGGGAAACUCCUCCCCGUCAAGGACAUCGCUGGUCAGUACACGAGUGAGAUCAUCGCCAGGACAGCGUUUGGAUUCAACACCAACUGCCUGGGGGGUCAAGAUGAUGAGUUCACCUUCUACAGUAAAAAUAUGAUCAAGAAUCGGGGAAAAAUCAUGUCCAAAGUGUUGAUUUUAUUCUUCAGAUUUCCGGCUUUUCACGGGUUUUGUGUUAAAACUCUAGGCUUGAAAUUCAUGGACGGAUUUCGAGAAGAUUCCGAUAUUUAUUUCAAGUCCAUUUUAAAAGGAUCUAUUGAAGAAAGAACGGAAAGAGAGAGACGGAAAGAGAAAGUACCCCAGGACUUCCUGCAGAGUUUGAUACACGCCAAGGCUGCAGGAGACAGGGGGGAGGUCUUAGAAAACACUGACGACAUUGACGAUGAAAUGUCGCGAAACAGCGUCGGCUUCGAUAAACAACCAAAGACAAUGUCCAAUGAGGAGCUGAUGGGUCAGUCUGUGCUGGUUAUAUUAGCUGGGUUCGAAACCACGGCCACCACACUACAGAUGUGUCUCUACCUGCUGGCCAAACAUCCAGAAAUCCAGGAGAAGAUGUGUGAAGAGAUUGAGAAUGUUGUCCACGGGGAGACGCCCACCUAUGAGGAGCUACACAAGCUGACGUACAUAGAGCAGGUCAUCAACGAGACCUUGAGAUUUUACCCACCUGUCCCCAUCAUCUCCAGGAGGGCCGCGGAAACCAGGACCUACGGGAACAUCACGAUCCCUAAAGGAGCGGGGGUCAUGAUCCCAUCGUUUGCCGUCCUCACCGACCCCAAGCAUUACCCCGACCCCGAAAAAUUCGACCCCGACAGAUUUACUGAAGAAAACAAAGCCAAGCGUGACCCCAUGGCCUUCAUGCCUUUCGGAUAUGGCCCCAGAAUUUGUAUUGGGAUGAGACUUGCUUACCUGGAGUUAAAGAUGGCGCUGGCUACUCUCCUCAGAAAAGUCAGGGUAGAGUUAAAUGAAGAAACAGAACCAAAGAAAGGGGUGGAUGUUGCCAUCAAAGCAAUUGGAAUUUUAAAACCUGAAAAGCCCAUUUUGUUAGCUGUUAGGCUAAGGUCAGAAUAACCAAAAACAGAAGAACGUUGAAAAACCGGUUAAAAUACGUCAUGUGUGAUCCUGACAAUGACAAAUAAAACCUAGAUCGUUGCUGUUCUUCACUUUACUACAGGAUGAAAAUGUGAUCUAUUUUGUUGCUGUUUCAUUUGAACUGAUCAAUAAUCUGACAUUAAUGGCAUAUACACUGAUAUUUUUUUUUUAAUAAAUUACAUUUACUGAUAAAAUAAGGUUUAUUAUGGGCAUUUUAGUGGAUACGUUUUCGAUUCUUCAAUGUCUGUUGCAUUAAUACUUAAAAAUGUUACUGAAGAGACAUUUUAACUGGUAAACGAAUGUAAUAUUUAUGAUGUUUGAACAGACACACUAGGUUCAUAAAUCUCACUUAGACGGAUCAGAUUUUUUUGAUGUAUUUAAAUGGAACUAUAACUAAAGAUAAUGGCUGUUAAAAUAAAACUAACCAGUAUUACAAGAACAUAUUUAUUUUAGCUUUACACCAUCUAGGAUCGGAAUAUUCCAAUUAUCAACCAGAAUUUCCUUUUAAUAAUAAUAAUGUAAUUUGUUGUUAUGUAGAACCUGACUUAGUAUUCCACGCUACUUUUUGUCUAUAUUAGAACCUGACUUAGUAUUCUACAUUACUUUCUGACUAUAUAGACUACUUGAUAUAUACAUGAACAGAACACUAUUUUGUUUAGCUGAUUGUUCUCUUUACACCCACUACUUAAAAGCUAAUUUUGUGUUUGUAUACACAUUUUUUAAAUGUUUAAGUUAAAUAUAGCCAACUUACUAAAUAUUUAUUUCGUUUUUCGAUUCUUGUACAAACUGAUUUGAUGAGUGGCAGUUUUCAAAGAACACAAGCAAAAAGAAAAUACGCGCUGAAGUUAAACAAACACAUCACAAAUAUAAAUACAACCAACAAUAAACCUAAACAAAAAUAAAACAAUGUCAAUAAAAACACACACAAAUCCAAACACUCAAUGUGGACACACUCAAACAAAAAGAAACACUACGAACACAAAAAUAAAUACAAACUCACAACUGCUAUUAACACAAAAUAGACACACGCAACCGAUUUGAACAGAAAACUAAAAAUAAACACACAGCGAAUAUAAACACAAACACACUACAAUUUCAAGCACGGCAAACACUCAACGAAGACAAGCACAUUAUCCAUACCACUCAUUUCAAUUUGCUUUUCACCUCCUAAAACUGUUACGUAUACUGACCUUGCAACCUUCCUUCCAGUGCCGUACGGGAUGUCAAUGCUUUACCGUAAACAUUUUAAACACCUACACAUUUAAUUUUGUUUUAAAUGCUUAUGCAGCCUUUUUAUGUUUUGAUCUUUGGAGUUAAAUUAACUCUUUUUACUGCCUGAAUUGAAAAAUAAACAGACGUCAAUAUCUUUA